AUGAAUCUUCGCAACGUCGUCAAGGAGGGUUGGCAUCCCAAGGGGAAGUCUGGGGGGAAGGAGUCUUGGAGGGGAGACUUCAAAGGGAUCGAUCAAGUGGCAGGAUGGAUGGGCAAGACCAGAGACCCAAGCAAAGAAGAAGCCGAGGAACAUGUAUCACGUCCGUUGUCUUCUCUGAAAGACCCGGCCCUGUUUGGGCCUCCUCCGAAGCAUGUCCAAUACCACGGCGGCGCCGCCCUUCCGCACGAGAUCACACCGCAGACCUCAGGCUUGGGCGCUCCGUUGACGGCGGAGGAAAGGGAAGCUGCACGUCGAGUCACCAUGUCGCAAGCCCAGGAAGAGCCAGAAGAAGAGGUCAAACCACGCGGUCCUCCCGUGCCAUACAGAGCCGACAGAACUGGGUUGAAGACUGAUCAUCUCCCGCCGCCGCCGGUGCACAGGGACAUCAACCGAAGCGCCAGUGUUGCGGGCGGAAGUCAGCCACCCAAACCGAAACCCAGUUUACCUCCACGGCUUCCAUCUCGACAGCAUACCGGUGCCAGCAUAACACCGCCGCCGCCCACGAUCUCGCCGCCUCCCCAGCAGGCUCCGCCCGCCUAUGAUUCGAUCCCGGUUCGCCAGGCCAGUCCGCAGACGAGCGCGAAUCACUAUGGAAUCAAUCAGUCUGCAGUGAACCGACUUGGCAAUGCAGGCGUCUCCGUACCAGGCCUCGGGAUCGGUUCUAAUACAUCGUCAAACCCGUGGCCGGCCGAACGGGGUCGGUCACAUACUGCCAACACACAAGGGCCUCCUUCAUCCAGCCCGCAACCGGCGACAAACCAGCUCUCCGAACUCCAAUCCCGGUUUGCUCACAUGAGCACAAAUACCCAGAACGACGCGCAAAUUGAACAUCCUACCACGCCUCCGCCCGGUGGGCCCAUUCGGAUGAUAUCGACGUCGCCGACCCGACCGGCGCCUCAGAGCCAAGGACCAACCUGGGCCGAUCGGCAAGCCGCGAUACGCACAGCGCAGAACACACAACGAGAUCCAUCGUCGGGGAGCGUCUCCGACGCCCGCCCUACCGCCAGCAGCGUCAAUUCGUUCCGAGAACGGCACCAGGAUUCCAUCAACGCCAUGGGGAGUAAAGCGAGCGAGUGGAACAAGAAAUAUAACGUGACAGGCCGGCUGAACUCGUUCUUGGAGAAGCAUUCUUCCCCGACCUCGGAAACGCCGCCUGCCGUACACGCCAAUGCGAAUUCCAACCCCAGCACCGCCGUCGCCUCGCCUCAGAUGCAGCCCCAAAUCCAGCCCCAAGUUCACGCUCAGGCGCUGUCGCCGCCGCCGCCGCCGCAGAUACAAUCUCCAUCUCCAUCUCAACCGCAGCCACAGCAACAGCCACAGCCACAGUCACCAGUCCCUCAUGUCGUGGCCUCGAUAGCCCGGAAACCUCCACCACCUCCUCCGCCGAAGAAACCAGCCAAUAUGCAUGGAGCAGUCAAUUCAAAUGCUGGUGCCGGAGUGGUAGCGCCACCGCCCGUGCCCUUGGGAACCAAGCCAAGUUACGGUUAG